CCCCGUCUGGUCUUGGGCCUCCCCUCAACUCCCUCCAGUCCCUCGGACGGCGUACAGUACAGUACAGUCCAUCGAGUCCUAGACGCACUGCAGUUGUACCUGGCCAAAGGUCGUUUCAAGUGACGGCCAAGGGCUGGUUUCAGGGACUCUCUACCCGCCGUGGAGACACAAUGGCUCAGACUCUGUUCGAGCAGGAAGAAGAAAGCGGUCGGUCCCUCACCGCCGGCCGCCCUUCUUCAAUGUCCAUGUCCAUACCGAAGGGUCUUGCAUGGGGCUCCCGGGACGGGGCUCCCGGAAAAGACUCCGAACCAUGGCCCAACAGUUCUUCACGUCAUGUUGUGCUUACCUACCUUCGUAAAUUACUGUUACUCCUCGCAGAACCUUUCUUCCCCUCGGCUUGGGCGGCAAGGCAGUGAGCGAGUGAGGCUGGGUUCGUCGCACGGCAUCACGGACAUGCGACGAGUCAGCAAAGCCCCCAAGUCUGGUUCCUCGCCGCCGUCACCCGACCUUUCAUGUCAGUGCAAACCCAAAAGGACGGGAGGCGUUCCUGGGUAGGCAUGGUCAGGGGCCCUGGUUCCACAAGACACUGAUGGGUUGCCACUCACCAACAAGUUGCUACAACACCCACCCGCCGCCGCCCUCCGACGCCGGCAGAUCCGUCGCAGCCUCACCUGCUCCAGCCAAUCAUGUAGCCUUGGCGUGCCCGGUGAGCAUGCAAUCCCCAGAUUCCUCUUAUCUGUCGGUGAGGUGUCCUGAAUUGGAGGGCCAAUCGAGCGCGCACCCUAGUCAGGGGCCCGACGUCGGUUCACUCCCAGAGUCAAGUCAUUCCCCUGGGGGGGGGGUAACCCCGGCCUUCAAAACCCCAUCCCUUCCUCGUUUCUUCUUCUCCGCUGCCUUUUUUAUCCUUUUUGCGAAUUUAUCGUCACCACAUGUACCACCUCCAAAGCAGUAAGUAACAUAGUAACGUUAGUACGGGCCUUGAUCCCUUACAACACCACAAGCCCUGGGGAACGACACAUCACACCUCACCGUAGGUGGCAUCAACCAACUUCCAAAGGGCCUGAGAAAAAGCGCCGACACCAUCCUGCGUAUGAGCAGCGGGCACAGGGGUGAAUAGAAUGCACGGCUACAGUUCCUCCGAAGAGUCAGAAGACCCGCGCCGGCCGCGGAUCCAGCCCACCAGCAAUGGCAACAGCCAGGACCAGAAGAAGAAGCGCAAGCGCCGCGUUCCGCCGCAACAGUCCAUCAACCGCAUCUGGAAGAAAUUCUCCAACCGCAAAUUCCACAAGGCGCUCUCCGUGCUGCCCUUCGACCCCGUCACUCCCAAUGCGGCCAGCUCCGACAGGCCAAACGAGCUCCUGAGCGAAGGCUAUGAGCGAGCCGUCGAGGAAUGUCGCCGAAAGGUCCAGAAGAUCGUCAGGGAGUGCAAGCGGGUCAACAUGAGAUACCGCGACCCGGGUUGGGACUUGGAUUGGGAUCUCAAAUAUCAAAAGGGCCACUGUCUCAACAGCCUUGGCAGCCAAAAGUUUGAGCUCAACAAGACCACGCUCCUGGGGUCCAGCGAUUCUGUCCCCAAAGCCGUAAAGAGGGUGCACGAAAUCUUCGAAAAGCCCACCUUCAUGAAGGAUCUCAACGGUGCCGACGUCAAGCAGGGAGGCCUUGGCGACUGCUGGAUCAUGGCGGGAAUGACCGCCAUGGCCAACGUCGAGGAGGGCAUCAAGCGCACGUGUGUUGCGCACGACACGAAGAUUGGCAUCUACGGAUUCGUCUUUUACAGAGACGGAGAAUGGGUCUACUCAAUCAUCGACGACAAGCUCUACCUCAAGUCUCCUUGCUGGGACUGCCCUAGCCUGCAACGCGAUCUGCUCCAGCAAAUUGACCGCGAAGACGUCGAGGCGGUGUACCGCAAGACGUACCAGACGGGCUCCAAGGCCCUUUUCUUCGGCCAGUGCAAGGACCAGAACGAGACCUGGGUCCCUCUCCUGGAAAAGGCCUACGCCAAGGCUCACGGCGACUACGGGUCCCUAUCCGGAGGCUGGAUCGGCGAAGGGCUCGAGGACCUCUCGGGCGGUGUCACAACCGAGCUCCUCUCGUCCGAUAUUCUCGACACGGACGAAUUCUGGGACAACGAAAUGUCAAAGGUCAACCAAGAGUUCCUCUUCGGCUGCUCGACCGGCCUCCUCGAGCAUGGGUACGGCCAGCGCGAUGGCAUCUGCGAGGCACACGCCUACAUCGUGUUGGAAGCCCGCACGCUCAAGUCUGGACAGCGCCUGGUGAAGCUGCGCAACCCAUGGGGAAAGGUCCGCAAGGGUCUCUGGCAAGGCGCGUGGAGCGACGGUUCCAAGGAGUGGACAACCGAUGUCCAAGCCGAGCUCGGGCACACCUUUGGCAGCGACUCCGUCUUCUGGAUCUCGUACGAGGAUCUAAUCGCCAAGUACACCCACUUCGACCGCACACGACUGUUCCGGGAUCCCGACUGGCGGUCCUCCCAGAAGUGGGUUGGCGUCGACGUCCCGUGGAAGGCCGAGUAUCACGAGAAAUUCCACAUCUCGCUCACCAAGGACUCGCCGCUGGUCCUCGUCAUGUCUCAGCUGGACGGCCGCUACUGGAAGGGACUCCAGGGGCAAUACACCUUUCGCCUGCACUUCCGCCUGCACUAUCAAGACAGGCUGGGGGCGGAGGACUACAUUGUCCGCUCGCACGGCAACUACUUCAUGAAGCGCUCUGUCUCCGUCGAGCUCCCGGACAUGCCGGCCGGCAACUACGUGGUGUACCUCAAGGUGACGGGCGAGCGGGACGGCGACGCGCCUUCGGUCGAGCAGGUCGUCAAGCGGGAACUCAAGGAGCGCGUCGAGCAUCCGAAGUUGGAACAGGUCGGAUACGCAUACGACCUCGCGCACAGCAAGGCGUGGAACCACAUGGAAAAGGUGGCCGCGCUGAGGAAGAAGCGCGAUCAGCAGAAGGCAUCCGGGCUGCGCCAAAAGGAGCGACGGCAUGCGUGGGAGAAGCGUCACCUCCAGCGCAACGUCAACAAGCAGCAGGCCAAGAAGAACGAGGAGAAGAAGCAGCGAGCGAGGGACGCCAGGGAAGAGCGGAAGAGACAGCGGGAGCGCGAAGAGGAGGAGAGCAACAAGGCAGACGAGAUCCGUCAGGCCGCGGAACGUCUGAGCCUGACGGAGGCUGAUCCCGCCAAGAAGGAGCCAGCAGACGCCGACGAGACCAAAGACGACGACGAUCCCAGCGCUGCCGCCUCGGACUCGAGCGGCUCGCCUGUAGAGACCCCAAAGAGCGAAGGCUCCGUCGUCGUCGUUUCGUCGGACAAGAAGCAGGACGUGCCACCAGUCGGCGGUCCGCCACCGCCACCACCACCACCACCAGCCCCGGCGCGGGAAGAGUCAGACAAGGCCAAGCCGGAGCAGUCAGCGAAGCGCGGCGAGGUCGUCGCCAAGGAUGAGUCUGACGGAAACUCGUCUGACUCCCCGGUCGAGGACUGGGAGGAGCUCUACAGCAGCGACGACUUCAUCCGCAAGCCCCGCACGCAGCCCGUGGGGAUCCCGCCUCCCCGCGACGAGUACGACACGGAGGAGGAGAAGAUGCCGGACCCGUGGAACGCCGUGUGCAUCGUCGGAUUCCGCGUCUACUCCAAGGACGCGGGCCUGCAGCUCCGGACCGUCAUGGAGGGCGGCGAGCUGCUCGAGGGCGGCAUGGGCGAAAAGGGCGAGCUGGACCUCGACAAUGCCCAGGCCAACGCCUCCGGCAUUCGCUACGACACCGACGACAUGACAGCCAGGGGGAGUACCGCCACGGUCUUGGCGGCUCGAUAAAAAGGCAAGGCAAUGCACGGUGAUGCAAUAAUGCUUUGUCGUAUCGAGCAGGUUUUAUGAUGAGCAUUUACGAGACCCAGCGUUGAGAGUCGGCCCUUUUUUCAUCUUGGCAACUCUCUUUUUUUUUUUGGUUUUGUGCUUUUGGCUGUUGUUAUUGUGUUUGUUUUCACGUUAUACGGGCAUUGCAAUGCGUUAUAUGAACAUCGCAUAGAAGAUUGACAAGAAGGGCACGAUAGACGACGAAACCUACAGUAUAGUACAUCUCAUAGAGUAGAUGCCAGACAGACUGCAUUGCAUAAUUUGAGCCUUGGCCUUGAGUAUCCUCUUUUGGCUCUUAAGCGCAAGGUUGGCUGGUCGGGCC